ACUGAGGGGGCGGAGUUUAUGAACAACCGUUAAAGGCGGGUGGGAGGCGAUCUGCUAUCAUCCAGUGCGUUACCGGAGAGGGGAGUGUUGUACUUGUAGUGUGACAGCGUGAAGAAGAAUAACAAAAAUGGCUGAUCAGCUGACAGAAGAGCAGAUUGCCGAAUUCAAGGAGGCUUUCUCGCUAUUUGAUAAGGACGGUGAUGGAACCAUCACCACAAAGGAGUUGGGUACAGUCAUGAGAUCCCUGGGCCAGAAUCCAACAGAAGCAGAGCUGCAGGACAUGAUCAAUGAGGUGGAUGCUGAUGGAAAUGGCACAAUAGACUUCCCAGAAUUCCUGACGAUGAUGGCAAGGAAAAUGAAGGACACAGACAGCGAGGAGGAAAUCAGGGAAGCAUUCCGUGUCUUUGACAAGGACGGAAAUGGGUACAUCAGUGCCGCAGAGCUGCGCCACGUUAUGACAAACUUGGGCGAGAAGCUGACGGACGAGGAGGUUGAUGAAAUGAUCAGGGAAGCAGACAUUGAUGGAGAUGGUCAGGUCAACUAUGAAGAGUUUGUACAAAUGAUGACGGCAAAGUGAUGGCCUUGUACAGAUUUUUUUUUUCUUGUAUAAAAUUAGCUUUUUCUUUAAUUUAUCUGUAAAAUGUUUCUGUCCCUUCCCCUGCUGUCCAAAGGAACUGCAUGUAUACUAAUUAGGAUUCAAGUCCUCAUUUCCCUUUAUUUUGCUAUCAUUUAUUUUUAUUUUAUUUUUGGUUUGUUUUUGGGUGAAGAAUGGUCACAUGGAUGGGGGCUGGGUGUGGCCUGGAGCCUUUCUGCCCUGCAGCCAGCACCCCAGCAUAAGGUGACAUUGGGGCUGCCUGUCAAUUGGAAGUGGCAUGUUAACCUUUUUGAUGUGGAGGACGACUCUGCAUGGACUAUGGACAAAGUAUACAGAAAAAAUCUCAGCAUUGCACUAUAUUGCAAAAAAAGAAAAAAAAACAACGGGUGUUUUCCGCUAGGUACUCGUACACUAACUUUUUGUAUCUGCUGUUCUAUACCAGAGAACUUUGUUUGAUUCUUACUAUGCUUUUUAACGUUUUAGUCACUUUUCCUUUUCUUUUCUUUUUUUUAAACUGCUUAUGGCACAGCCAUGCCUCAAAGAAUCCAUUCCAAGUUGUAUAUUUUUGUUUUCCAAUAAAAUUUACAAUUUACCCAA